AUGGCCUCCUACCUGCAAAAACUGCGACCAAAGGCGAAGCAGAAUGAUCCCGCCAACUUCAGAGACACCGUCGUAUAUAAUGCGCCAGGCACAGAGGGGGCAGCCAAGCCCACAGGGCCGGUCCCUUCACCGCCGCCUGCGCCGGCGAUCAGCGAACCGGCUGACGAGACUGGCGCCGAGCCUGUUCUAGACGAGGAAGACGAGAAGUUCCUUGAAAGACUUGCAGCAAUCGCAUCCGAGCCUGAGGGCACUCCGCCACCGCUUCCUGGCCGUCCCGCCGUAGUCAUAGACGACAGUGGACAGCAAAAGGUUGGCAAAGACGCACAGGCGGCUUUGAUGGAUGGCGCUGACAAGAUUGCGCUUCCAAAGAGCCCACCAGAGAAGAAGGCAUUCGCAUCAUACUUCAGCAACUUUUCCGUCCCAAAGUUCGGCAAGAAGGCCGACAAGCCUGAGAGCGCGACGGACACUGCAACGAAGGACAAGAAGGGCAAAGCAAAGGUCACAGAGGCCGAGCGUAACGAGCUCGCCGACAACCUCCUCGCAGCCGCGGAAAAGACAAAGUCGGCAGAGGAAGCAGAGGUGGACAAGGAAACGCAGGACCUCAGCAAGAUCCUCGAAGAGCUGAACAUGUCGGCCGUCAACAACCGCGUGUUUUCCUUCAGCAAAGAGUCGGAAGAGCUCCUGCAAAAGUUCACUCUCGUCCUCAAAGACGUCGUCAACGGCGCGCCCCACGCGUACGACGACCUCGAGAAGCUCUUCACCGACUACGACACGCAGCUGAAGAAAAUGUACGGCGGCCUCCCCCCCUUCCUGCAGAACUUUGUCAAGAGCCUGCCCGCCAAGAUGACGGCCGCGCUGGGUCCCGAGCUGCUCGCCGCGAGCGCAGAGAAGCCGGGAUUCGACGGCAAGCAGAAAGCCGGUGGCGAGGGCAGCAAGAGCAAGAAGAGCAGAAUCCCAGGCGUGCCCAAGAUCCCCAGUCUCAAACAACUAGUCUCGGCGCAGGGUGCGGUCGCAACAGCGCUGAGGAGCAUCGUGAACUUUUUGAAAUUCAGAUUCCCCGCGCUGGCCACGGGAACAAACCUGAUCAUGAGCCUGGCAGUGAUGAUCCUCCUCUUCGUGUUCUGGUACUGCCACAAGCGCGGCCGCGAAGUGCGUCUGGAGCAGCAACGGCGCGCGGCCGAGACCGAGACGUCCGGGUCCUCGAGCGCAGUCGCCAGCGACGACGACUCGGUGUUCGGCGACCACAAGAGACAGAAGACCAAAGCCUCAUCCGAACCCGUGCCCAGGGUAGCAGGCGAGCCCGCAGCGCCGACGAUCAUCGCGGACCACAAGGAGGAGGACAAGGCGACGGUGGCUGAUUUACCUGACGUCUCGCAGCUGCCUGAGCCUGGCACGGCGCGGGAGGAGAAGUAG